AUGGCAACCUCAAGCUUGCUCUUCACACCCACCAUCCAAAAGAACCACCACAACCUCACCCCAUCCAACGUCUCAUUCCAAGGCCUUAGACCCCUCACCAAGGCCAAAACCACCUCCCUCUCCAAGAUCGCCGUCAGUUCACCGAAAAGGAGCUUAGCCGUGAAAGCAGAGCUUAACCCAUCACUGGUGAUAAGCUUGAGCACAGGGGUAUCACUCUUUUUGGGCAGGUUUGUGUUCUUUAACUUCCAAAGGGAGAACGUGUCAAAACAGGGCCUGCCUGAGCAGAAUGGAGUGACUCACUUUGAGGCAGGAGACGUGCGUGCCAAGGAAUAUGUUAGCCUUCUGAAAUCAAACGAUCCAGUUGGCUUCAACAUUGUUGAUGUUCUUGCUUGGGGAUCCAUUGGCCAUAUAGUUGCCUACUACAUCUUGGCCACAGCCAGCAAUGGCUAUGACUGGGACCCUAGCUUCCCAUGCUGCUUUUAG